AUGUGUAAUCGGUUGGGCAAAGUGGUAGACGUCUUUAUAUCCAAUAAGAAAUCUCAGUUGGGAAAACGUUUUGGUUUUGUACGAUUUAUGGAUGUGACUGAUACUGAUCGUAUGAUUAGAGAAUUAUGUAAUAUUUGGUUUGGGUAUCAUAAAUUAUUUGCUGCUGUGCCAAGGUUGUCAAAAAAAUCUAAGUCUCAUGCACCCCAUGCAACAGAAGGAAAUUCGAGGGUAAACGAGAACUCUGUUGGCAAUUCAGUUACCUAUGCGAAUGUUGUGAAAGGAGUAGGCGGUAAAUUUAUCCCAAACAAAAAGGAUGAGGUUAUUCAGGUCUCUGCAGGGGAUUUUAUUGUGGAAAAAACAAAUCGAGCUUGCCUCAUUAAGGGUAGGGACUUUCUAACGUUGCCUAAUCUUCAAAUGUUAUGUUAUGAUGAAGGAUUUGAGGAUUUUGACAUUUGGUAUGUUGGUGGAUUAUGGGUAAUGUUGGAGUUUAAACAUAAAGAUGCAUGCAAGAAAUUUCUUGCAAGUGAUGCUAUGGAUCAUUGGAUAGAUGAGAAACGACCAUGGGACAGAAAUUUUGUACCUUUAGAACGAUUAAUUUGGGUUGAUGUCGAAGGUUUACCUCUACGGGCCUGGAGUAAACAAGCUUUCAAAAACAUCUUGGCUAAGUGGGGAAACAUAUUACAUCUAGAUGAUGAUUUGGGAGAAAAUGUUUAUAAAAAAAGAAUUUGUAUUUUAUCCUCAUUCCAAGAGAUUAUUUCUCAGGUUAUCAAAGUUAGUAUUGAUGGCCAAUAUUUUUGGGUUAGAAUAAAGCAAGCACGUGGGUGGACCCCAUCAUUUACAUGGGAGGAUAAAAAGGCUAGCAGUGAAAACUCCAAUGAGAAUUGUAAUGCAUUGGAAGAUUUGGUUGAUAAUAUACAUAGUGAUAACGAAGAGGGGUCCCUUGACCCAUUUGGGAUUUAUGAAACACUAGAAAAAAUGAAGGGGGAUGAAAGACAUGGAAGAGAAUUCAAUACAGGGGCUAAUUAUGAAGAGAUAAAGGUUAAUGAUAGCAACAAAGAUUGUGAGUCCUCUGAUCACAUGCAUGAGGAGGAAGUCAGCAGUGCUGCUGAUCGCCACCAGCAGAUGAAAGAUGAUCAGUUUCCACAACAGUACCCGACGGUUACUGUUCCGGCUGCAGUAGGUAAUCAGGCUAAAGGAAAUAAUCUAGCAGUAGUUAGGGAAAGCGAUCCAGCAGUAGCUCCAACACCAUCCUCUGCCUCAGCUAUGGAGUCUCAUUUUUACGACCAUAAUCAGGAGGGGAAGGCUUCGCGUACCAAGGCUCCAAUUGGUUUUUCGGGAGGAUUUGGACGGGUUUCGGGUGUUGCUGACUCUGAAGAUGAUUUAACUCACCCUCCAGGCUUUUCAAAAUGCAAUAGCUUUGGGGCAGGUUCGGAUAAUUCGAUUAAUAAAGGGUCAUUCUUAACUGAAAUUCACAAAACAUUGGAGAUGGGAAAGGAUAUGGGAUACAAUUUGGAGGGAUGUUAUGACAGAGUAAAAGAAAUCGUUGAAGGUACCGCAGAAAAAAUGAUGUUGAGAUGA